GCCCUGAGUUCAAUCCCUAUUACCAAAAAAAAAAGGCCAGGGGGGAUAAAUUUUCCCUCAUGUAACAUACUAACCAUUAAGCAGUUGGUAAUUGAGGAGAAAUUAAUUUAGAACCUUACUAAAUUUCACAUACACCAAAAAUAAAUCUGAGAUUUUAAAGAGAUAAAUACUGUAAAUAAUUAAACCAGGUGAAAGUAGAAUUGAAUAUUUAUCAGAACUCUAGCAGAGGGAACAUUUUUCAAGGUUAAUAGGAAAUAGAAGAAAUCACAAAGGAGAAUAACAGACUUUACUAUGUAAAAUUGUGAUAAUAUGGGAAGGUGAAUAGGUGAAGUUUGUAGCUAAUGUAUGUUUUGUAUGUAAUCAUAUAUCCUUUCUAGGUUCCCAUCCGACUACAUCUCACUCUUAUACUUGUGUACUACAGUGAAAUAUUGGUGUUUAUAUGCUUGCAUCUGCAGGACUCUUAAAGUCCUAGAGAAAAUUCUUGUUCAUUUUUGUAAACACUACAUUUAUAUUUGUUACAGCCAAUGCACAGAAAGAUUUUCCAUUAGUCACAAGACGUGAUCAAAUUAGUUCAAAAAGACUUUUUAUAUAGUAGACAGACAUGAAGAAGCCUCACUUUCAUUAAUAAUCAAAUUAAAACUAAAGUUUAAAAGGCACUUAAUAAAUUAGAAGGAAAAAUCAUAAUCCUAUUCUUAACAGGGAAUUUUGAAGCAGACAUUGUACAUAGAAAUAUAAAGGCACAGAGGUCUUUGAAAAGCAUUCUGCAGUAUUAUGAGAAUCCAGACCUGAAGAUUUCAGGUAUCUUUUCCAGGAUUCCCACUUUGGAAUAUCAAUCUCAGAGAAAUAAUCUAGAGUAUGGAGAGUGGCACAUGUACAUGGUAGCAUGAAAAACUGGAACCAAUUAUUCUUCAGUGAUAACUUAGGUCUGUUUAUAGUAAUGAAUGUUCUCAACGGUAUAGGAUGUAGAGUAAAAUCGAAGAAGUUGUGAAGUCCUCUUAGGUGAUUAGAAUAUGAAAUGCAGCAUAUCAGUGCAUGCAUACACAUUGUGAUCCACAGAACACAAUAGAAUGUGAAAAAAUUGCAUUAAGCUGCUAUUAAAGAUUUUUUAAAGGUCUGAUACAAAUUUUGAAUAUUUAGCUUAUACCUCUUUUUGAAAAAAUUCUUGGGAAAGAACCAAAUAACUAUUGACUUCCUGAGGCACCAAUGUUAGAAAAGGAAAUAAGAUCCCAAGCCUUCACAUUUAGAUAGCAAGAUGGGUGUGGUUGUCAUCACCAUCAUACCUGACCUUUAUUGAUGCCAUGAUGUGUGCCAGGUGCUCUACUAUGGCAUUGUCAUGUUUAAUCCUCAAAAUAAUCAUAUGAGAGUAGGUUUGUUGUUUGCUUAAUCCAAACGUUACAGGUGAAAAAACUGAGUCACAAAGAAAUGAGCAUUAAUGUGAUGCUUGAUUUUUUUCUGGGAACUCCAUAAGAAAGACAUGCUCCUGGCACCAGAGGUGAGAUCCAAGUCAUGAGAAUUGCAGGGCCUAAAGAUAACUUCAUUCAGAUAGUCAGCAGCUCUUGAUCUCACUAUGUGCCAGGAAGCCUGCUAAGUGCUUUCCCUACCAUGGCUUGUUUUGAACUCAGAAUGCUCUCUGAGGAAGGUCCAGUUAUAAGUAAAGAUACAAAUUAGUUGAGGAGGAGGCCCCAAAGGCCACAGACCCAGGAAGUGUCAGGUUGUGGUUCUAAUAUAUGAUUGUGAAACCACAUGGCACCCAAGCUCUCAGCUAUGCCUUGUUGCUUUGUCUGUAAAAGGAGUGGGCAUUUUGUUCAAUUAGGUGCUUUAAACUUUAUAACCAAUUAAACAUCCUUAGUGGGGAAUUUUUUCAUGUUGGUUUUUUAAAAAAUUUCUAGUUCUGAUGGUCCUAGGUCAUAUGUCCUCAGACAUGAAAAUCCCAGGAACAAUCAGCCCAGCCUGCAGAAAAGGCUGCUGCUCAGUGCCUACCCUUACCCAAGUGCAUUCCAGAAAUUCUUGCUACUCUUAGAGGUCAUUCUGGCUUGGUGAAAGGGUUAACAUGGGACCCCGUUGGUAAAUACAUUGCCUCUCAAGCUGAUGACCGCAGUCUGAAGGUGUGGAGGACCCUGGACUGGCAGUUAGAGACCAGCAUCACGAAACCUUUUGAUGAGUGUGGAGGAACGACCCAUGUACUGCGACUCAGCUGGUCACCUGAUGGGCAUUACCUUGUGUCUGCCCAUGCAAUGAACAAUUCUGGCCCCACUGCCCAGAUCAUCGAGCGGGAGGGCUGGAAGACCAACAUGGACUUUGUGGGACACCGGAAAGCUGUAACUGUUGUGAAAUUCAACCCAAAAAUCUUCAAAAAGAAGCAGAAGAAUGGGAGUUCUGCAAAGCCCAGCUGCCCUUACUGCUGCUGUGCUGUUGGCAGCAAGGAUCGCUCACUCUCUGUCUGGCUCACGUGUCUGAAACGGCCUCUGGUUGUCAUCCAUGAGCUGUUUGACAAAUCCAUCAUGGAUAUUUCCUGGACCCUGAAUGGGCUGGGCAUCCUGGUGUGCUCCAUGGAUGGCUCUGUGGCAUUCCUCGACUUCUCCCAGGAUGAGCUUGGAGACCCCCUCAGUGAGGAGGAAAAGAGCCGCAUUCACCAGUCCACCUAUGGCAAGAGCCUGGCCAUCAUGACUGAGGCCCAGCUCUCCACAGCUGUCAUCGAGAACCCAGAGAUGCUUAAGUACCAACGGAGGCAGCAACAGCAGCAGUUAGACCAGAAGAGUGCUGCAACCAGAGAGAUGGGCUCAGCAUCCUCAGUCGCGGGUGUUGUCAACGGGGAGAGUCUGGAAGAUAUUAGGAAGAAUCUUUUGAAGAAACAAGUUGAGACUCGGACAGCAGAUGGUCGAAGAAGAAUCACGCCUCUCUGCAUAGCUCAGCUGGACACUGGGGACUUCUCCACGGCAUUCUUUAACAGCAUCCCACUCUCGGGCUCACUGGCAGGCACCAUGCUCUCCUCUCAUAGCAGUCAGCAGCUACUGCCAUUGGACUCCAGUACCCCCAACUCCUUCGGCGCCUCGAAGCCUUGCACAGAGCCUGUGGCAGCUGCCAGUGCCAGGCCUGCAGGCGAGUCUGUCAGUAAAGACAGUAUGAAUGCUACCUCUACUACUGCUGCAUUGUCACCCUCCGUGUUAACAACCCCGUCCAAGAUUGAACCCAUGAAAGCAUUUGACUCCCGAUUCACAGAGCGGUCCAAAGCCACGCCAGGUGCUCCUUCCUUGACAAGUGUGACUUCAACAGCUGUUGAAAGGUUGAAAGAACAGAACCUUGUGAAAGAGCUGAGGCCCCGGGAUCUCCUAGAGAGCAGCAGUGACAGUGAUGAAAAGGUCCCCUUGGCUAAGCCAUCCUCAUUAUCCAAGCGAAAACUUGAGCUUGAGGUAGAGACAGUGGAAAAGAAGAAAAAGGGGCGUCCUCGGAAGGACUCCCGUCUCCUGCCUAUGUCUCUGUCUGUCCAGUCUCCAGCCACCCUUACUGCAGAGAAGGAGGCCAUGUGUCUGACUGCACCAGCACUUGCACUGAAGCUGCCAAUACCAGGCCCCCAGAGAGCAUUCACCCUCCAGGUGAGCUCUGACCCCUCCAUGUACAUUGAGGUGGAAAAUGAAGUGACGACCGUGGGGGGUGUAAAACUGAGCCGACUGAAGUGCAACCGGGAAGGAAAGGAGUGGGAGACAGUGCUCACUAGCCGGAUCCUCACUGCUGCCGGCAGCUGUGAUGUGGUGUGUGUCGCCUGUGAAAAGAGGACGCUGUCGGUGUUCUCCACCUGUGGUCGCCGCCUCCUCCCUCCCAUCCUCCUGCCGUCCCCGAUCUCUACUUUGCACUGCACAGGUUCCUAUGUCAUGGCGCUCACUGCUGCAGCUACACUGUCUGUCUGGGAUGUUCACAGGCAGGUGGUUGUGGUGAAAGAAGAGUCUCUACACUCCAUCUUGGCAGGAAGUGAUAUGACAGUGUCACAGAUCUUGCUGACGCAGCAUGGAAUCCCAGUGAUGAACCUAUCUGAUGGGAAAGCGUACUGCUUUAAUCCGUCACUCUCUACGUGGAACCUGGUUUCUGACAAGCAAGACUCACUAGCCCAAUGUGCGGACUUUAGGAGCAGCCUGCCAUCCCAGGAUGCCAUGCUGUGCUCAGGACCGUUAGCCAUAAUCCAGGGCCGCACCUCCAACUCUGGAAGGCAAGCUACCCGGCUUUUCUCCGUGCCUCAUGUGGUACAGCAGGAGACCACGCUGGCCUACCUAGAGAACCAGGUUGCAGCGGCACUCACCCUACAGUCCAGCCAUGAGUACCGCCACUGGCUCCUUCUUUAUGCACGGUACCUCGUGAAUGAAGGGUCUGCGGAAGAGGGAGUUGCUAAAGGAGCUAUUGCCAGUCAUUGGGCAAAACCUCCGCUUCCAGCGCCUCUUCACGGAGUGUCAGGAACAACUCGACAUCCUGAGGGACAAGUAGCCUGCCCUGACCUGCCCCAGCAGCAACAAGGGCAGGGCUACACUCUCACUGCUAAUGAUGCCCAGGGUUGCCUCUCACCUGGCCAGUCCGCAGUAGGAGGAGACAUUGGCAGGCAAUGUGCUGUCCUGCACCAGCACCAGCCCAGCUCCCUAGGUGGACAUUCCCUGUGUCCUGGGCCUGUUCUUGCUUCAGAAAGGGACAGCUCGUUCCUCUCUCCAGGGUCCCCAUGCAGAGCUGGGGCUGGGGUUGUGCCCUUCUGCCCUGGGGCCAGCAAGAUGUUCCUGGGCCUGCCAUCUCCAACACGGCCCCAUGGUGGACACUAGCCCCUGCAGCUCCAGGCACUGUGCUGCUUCAGCUAUGACGAAUGAGCCAUUUGUGAGAGCAAGAAUCUGCAAAUAUUAAGUGUUAUACAGUCAGCAGACUGACUUGAGACCUAUGUAAAAGGAAGGCUGUUCCAACACAUGGACUAUUUUUGUACUAGAAUUUGCUAACUUGUAAUAUGGAAUUUUUCUUUUGGCCAAUAAUCAGGAUUUCCCUAUAAGUUACUUGGACAUUGGUCACUUGUAGGAAAUUUAAACUCUAAUUAUGACAGCUACACUGAAAAAUAAUUGUACUGAAAUUAACUUGUCUAUUCAUUUGGUUUAAUUUUUAAAUGUUUGUAAAAAGAGAUGUUUUUUGGGGGAUGGGGCAAAUGGGAGGGUGAUUUCUUUUGUAAGUGUAAAAUAAAUGAAUACGCAUUGGAUACCAAA